GAGAGAUCUUUCACCUCGGCGCCACAUUCUGAUUCCCUGUGAAUAUAAAACCCCCGCCAUGGACCUACUGUCUCUGUUUGCCUGUUUUUGUCGUAGCCCAGUUUGAACCCAUCUGAAGCCAUGGCCAUGCUCAGAGUGUCUUCAUACCGCAGGCUGUUUGAGGAUGAUAGCUGGAGUCGAUAUGGAGGGUUGGGUAUGCAGUGUGCAGGGCAGUACCGGGCCUCUGUCAGGGGUGCGGCCGUUGAUGAGUGUGACUGUGACAAGCUGGACUUCGUGGCUGCCAAGUCUCUCAACAAGGAGGGUCUGAACCGGUUUGUUCAGGACCGCACUGUCAUCUCCGCCCUCAAUGACCGCCUGGUCAAGCUUAUUGAACUGGCCCAUUGUUUUGAGAGGGAGAACGAGUUUCUUGAAUGUCAGAUUGUGGAGCUAGAGGAGAAGCUGAACAGAAAACAAGCCGCCUCCGGCAUCACCUCCACUGUGGCUCGACCUGACUACAGCCUGGAUGCAGUGGUGGAAAGACUGCGCAGGGAGAGGGAUGAGAUUCUGUGUGACACUGAGGAGCUGCAGAAAGAGCUUGAAUGUCUGAGGAAGAGCUACGAGGAGGCUGCACAGCAGAGGAUCCUCUUCCAGCAGGAUAGACAAGAUGUUGUUCAGGAAGUGGAUGCUGUGACAGCAGAGUGUUUAGCGCUGAGGGAGCAAGUGGCUAUCUACAAGGAGCAGCUGGCCAACAUGGAGGCCCAGCACAAGACGGCAGUGGAGAGUCUACUGGAGCCGGCUGAAGGGACCAUAGCAGCGGUGGCAGCUGUUAGAUUUAGCAGCCCUGACAUCACUCCGGCCUUGGAUGUAAAGGAGUACUACUGCCAGCUGGCUGAGAGCCUCCAGUAUGAGUGUGGUGCGGUCUCCUCUGCUGUCGUUCGCAGAGGUGAUGGAAAACAACUGGAAGUGGGAGAAGCUGUAGGGUCAAAGGUCAAAGACUUGCCAAAGAUAAAGGACAUCAAUGAGAUGAAGAUGCUGAUUUCAGAGCUACAAAAGGAGCUUGCUGAGCUUGAGAAGUGUAAUGAGGAGCUGGAGGACGAGAUUGAGAUGAAGAAGGCUGUGUACAUGGAUGAGAUUGCUGAGCUGGAGUGUACCAUAGAUGAAAUGCGGCACCAGGAGGCCGACCUCCAAGUGCAGAUGAAGGAGCAGUGUGAAGACUACAAGGAGCUGCUCAGUGAGAAGAUGGCCAGAGACAUGGAGAUAGUUGCCUACAGGAGUCUGGUGGAGGAAGAGGAGGAUAGGCUGUGCAACAUGUGAGAUGAGGCCAAAGAGUGGAGACUGGCUGGAAGACCCCCCAACACAACACACACAAACACACACACACAUGGAUUUGAAACAGAGAAAAGAAAUCGGGAAAACCAUACCCAAAUCAGAUGAAGCUUGAGGUACCAACACAGCAAUUUGAGCAGAUGUAAACUUAUCAUGACAGAUUAAUGCUGUCUGGAGGCCUAAGCCGGGCCAUUGAUAACAGGUCGCUGGCAGACGACCCCGAGACUCCAAGAAAGAUGGAGCUGUCUAAAACUGUGAGGGAGGUGGGAGGACGUGGGCUCUGCGAUGAGUGUGUAUCCAUUCAGUGUCUGGCAGUGAUAUUUCCUUAAGUGGGUUUUAUCUUUACCGGCUCACUGAUAUGAUUCAUAAAUGUUUUGUCCCCUCUUUGUCGAACAAGUCUCGCACACAAAUUAGACGCACACACAUACACACACACUUUGUGGAGUCACUCCCCUUUUAAUACCACCUCGUCCAUCACUUAAACUUUGUCUGAUUACCAGCUCUUAACCCUUGACCCCUUCACUGUUAACAAACGUAUUGACAGCUCCCUCUCUUUGGUAACUAAAAGCAUCUCACUGUCCCUUUUGCUUUUACAGUCAGGCUUU